AUGGCCUCGGAAGAACACCGGCGAUGGGACUUGAUUCGAGAGACGACUGAUGCAUUGGUUAGAACCGGACUCAGAGAUGUUGGGUAUCGCUAUGUCAAUCUGGAUGAUUGUUGGCAAAAGACAAGAGCUCCAAGCGGUGAGAUUCUACCUGACAAGAAUGCCUUCCCAUCGGGUAUGAAAGCUCUUAGCGAUUAUGUGCACGGGAAAGACAUGCUAUUUGGACUAUAUUCAAGUGCUGGAACAAAGACUUGUGCUAGGAGACCCGGGUCAUUGUCGUAUGAAGAGAUCGAUGCAAUAACCUAUGCUAAAUGGGAAGUUGAUUAUCUGAAAUAUGAUAACUGCUAUAAUCAAAGAAUCCCUUCAAAAACCAGAUAUACAAAGAUGCGAGAUGCGCUAAAUGCCACUGGGCGUCCAAUAUUAUACUCGAUAUGCAAUUGGGGUCGGGAGGGUCCUUGGAUUUGGGGCCCGGAAGUUGGUAAUUCUUGGCGCACGACUGGAGAUAUUCACGACAGAUAUUCUGUUUUCCAAAACUCUCUCACAUGUGGUCGAUGCGGUAUGCUACAAAUUGUAGAUUCCAUGGUAAACAUUGCAAAAUAUGCCGCUCCCGGCGGAUUUAACGAUCUCGACAUGCUUGAAGUUGGAAACGGUGGUAUGACACACGAGGAAUAUAAAACGCACUUCUCACUCUGGGCAGCUCUUAAAUCUCCGCUUUUGAUUGGUUGUGACGUUCGGAAUAUCGAUGACAAGACUCUGUCUAUAUUAAACAACACCGAAAUAAUUGCAAUAAACCAAGACCCUCUUGGUAAAUCCGCAAAACUAGUGUAUCGGCAAAGGAGGAAGUUGUGGGACAUUUGGGCUGGCGAGCUAUCGCCAAAUGCGAAGGGCGAGGGACAAGCUGUCGUGGUAAUCUUCAAUAGGGGAAGCAUUGCACGUGAUAUAUUUCUCGAUUUUGCGUUAAUUAUGCCCUUAUUACCUGAAGCACCCCCAACUUCAAUGCUACUAUUAAGAGAGUUGUGGGAAAAGAAAGACUUGGGAUAUUUUCGUCAAUCAUACACAGCAAAAGCAGUUCCUAUGCAUGGAGUCGUCGUUCUGAAAGCAACUUUGAAGAAUAGAAAAGCUAAGCCCUUUACAAUUAAUUUACAAUAG